GGGGUGCCGGGGCAGGGAUGCCAGGGGAGGGCGGGAUGCCGGAGUGGAGGGCGGGAUGCCGGAGCCGGGCCGGGCGCUCGGGGCUCUCUCCCGGGCCGCUCCGGCCCCGGCGCUCCGGGCCCGCCCGGCCAAAGUCCCUGCGCCAUGAGCGGGGCCCCGGGCGGCCGCCGCCCGACCUUCCCCAAGCUCCCAGUGUCGGUCCCCGCAGGGGAGCGGGUGCUUGAGGAGGCGGUGGGCGCCCGGCAGCGCUGCGCGAACGGCGGCGGCUCCGUCCCGGGGACGCUGCUCUGCACCGACCGCCGCCUCGCCUUCCUGCCCGGCCAGGGUCCUGGCUCCCGUGGCCUCCUGCGCUCUGAGGACGAGGUGGCCCUGCCCUGCAUCCACAAACUGGUGGCAGCCAGCAGCUUCUCCAAGCCCAAGGUGCUGACAGCCACCUCCACCCUCAAGUUCAUCCCCGAGGAACUCGCUGUCUUCUGCCGGGAUUUCCGCCUGCUCCACUUCCACUUCCCCGACAACGGGCUGGCUCCGCAGGCGUUCCGGGUGGCCAACGCCAUCACACAGGCACGGGAGGCAGCGGCGUGGCUGAGGGACGCUGCUGAGGGACACGAUGGCUGGUCCUGCCCUGGCGAAGCCCCCCCAGAGGAGGAGAGGGAGAAGGAGGAAGAGGAUGAGGAGGAAGGCUUGUCCACAAUGCUGCUCUUUGAGAGCCUGUGGGACUGGGAGAAGGAGCUGCAGCGUCUCGGCGCUGUGGGCUGGAGGGUUAGCGCCGUCAAUGAGCGCUUUGACAUGGCCCCCAGCCUCCCCCAGUACCUCUGGGUGCCCAGUGGGCUUCUGGACCAUGACCUCAAGCGAACCUUUGCCCACUUUCAGGAGCGGCGGGUGCCUCGCCUGUGCUGGCACCACCCGGGCGGAGGGGACCUGCUGAGAGCCGCCAGCUUUCACCCAGCCUCCGAGCCGGGUGGCGAAGACAUGAGGUGCCUGGAGACGCUGCUGCUGGGGGACCGUGGGCCCUGCGUGUUGGCCGAUGUGGCUGAGCUGCCCACGCUGGCUGACAUCCAGCUCGCCCACCUGAGGCUGCGGGCACUCUGCCUGCCUGGUGCGGUGGCAGAGGAGAAGUGGCUCUCGGCCCUGGAGGGGACACGCUGGCUGGACCAUGUCCGCACCUGCCUGAGAAAAGCUGUGGAGGUGGUGUCGCUGCUGGCAGGGAAGCGCUGCUCCGUGGUGCUGCAAGAGCCCUCAGACCGGGACCUGAACUGCCUCCUGGCCUCUCUGGUGCAGCUCCUGGGGGACCCCCAUGCCCGCUCCCUGCCUGGCUUCCAGAGCCUGGUGCAGCGGGAGUGGGUGGCAGCCGGGCACCCCUUCCCGCGCCGGCUGGGGCUGCUCUGCCGGGACACCCCUCGGGAGGAGGCCCCCGUGUUCCUGCUCUUCCUGGACUGCACGUGGCAGCUCCUGUGGCAAUUCCCAGCAGAUUUUGGCUUCACUGAGGCUUUUCUCCUGGCGCUGCACGACAGCAGCUUCAGCCCCUAUUUUAGCACUUUCCGCUUCAGCUGCCAGCGCCAGAGGGGCCACAGCAGGAUGUCCCGGCCCCCCAGCCAGACCUACCGGCCCGUGGGGGGCUGGCAGGACCCUGGGGGGCACGGGAGAGGCCCCCGCAGCCACACCUUCCCCCCUGUCUGGGCCUGGGAGCAGCGCUACACCCGGCAGCAGCGGGAGCAGUUCCGGAACCCCAUGGGACCCCUGGCCCCUGCUGAGCCCCUGGCCCCAGGCACGCCUGCAGACCCCUGCCUGUGUCGGGGGCCCAGGCUGGUGCUGACACUGGCUAAGGGCUCCUUGUGCCCCCACCCCCUGCCCUGGUGGAGCCGCCCCCCACACCGGGUGUCACCGUCAGAGAGCCAGGGGACACAAGGGGGGCUCUUGGGGACCUGCCAUCCCCCCCCAGGGCUGCUUCUGCCCUGCACUGCCGCGCCCUGCAUCCGCCUCUGGCACCGCUGCUACCUCAGGGGGCUGCCCCAGGAACAGCAGCGUGGGCGCCUGGCCCCGUCCCUGGCCGGGCUGGCUGAGGAGCUGCAGCUGCUCCAGGACCGGCUCCGUGCCUGGACCCUGCGGAGACCGCACUGAGCCCGCGGAGGGCCGGACCCGGCCCAGCCCCGGGACGCCGCCGGGAUCACCCGGGACCUGCGGCUCUGGAACAGCCCGGUGCCCCUGGCUGCUCCCGACUACCUCUGGGUGCUUGGGACUCCGGGAAGGGCAGAGCGGCGGCUCCGGGGUGUCCCCGACGCGGGGCGGACACUGCGGGCUCACGGCUUUCCAUUAAAUUCGUGCUGCUUC